AUGGCAAGGGUGCAAGAGCCUCGUGACUUUGUAGGAGGACCUGGCCGGCUGAUAUUAGCUACAACUAUCACGUCUGUGACUUGUGCAACCUUCGUCGGCUCUAUCAAUGUGGGCAUGCUGACUAUUGCCAUCCCUUCUGUCGCCGAAGAUGUUGGUUUGGACUCUAGUCUACUGUUGUGGCCGCAGUCGAUAUCAUCUUUAGUGUGUGCGUGCACAUUACUGCUUUUCGGAUCAUUGGCGGACGCUCUGGGAAGCCAUAGAGUAUACUUACUCGGCAUUGUUUUGCAGACUGCCUUUACAUUGGGUACUGGCCUCGUGCGUACGAGUGGCCAGUUGCUAGCAUGCCGAGCUCUGGCUGGACUAGCACAAGCUGCAAUCCUACCCUCAUCUGUGGGAUUAAUUGUGCGGACAUGUCCCGAAGGCAGGAUUAGGAACAUUGCUUUUGCGUCCAUGGGUAGCGGCCAACCCCUAGGCUUUUCUAUCGGCCUUGUAAUGGCUGGUGGUCUCAUCGAGUCGCUUGGUUGGCGAUCCGGCUUUUAUGUCGCCGCCGGCAUCAAUCUGUUUGUGUGCAUCCUUGCAGUAUUCAGUCUUGCCGGCCCAUCUCGAGAAGCACCAGUUGAGUGGCGAUCCCUCCGGGAAUCUAUCGACUGGGUGGGCACCUCGGUCAUGACCACAUUACUGGCAUUGAUAUCCUAUGUCUUGACCAUAAUCACUGCAGAAGGAUGGUCCGUCUCAUACAAAUCCAAUAUCACCAUGCUUUCCAUUGCAGCAGCUUUAUGUCCAGUCUUUGUUUGGUGGCAAGGCCGUCAAGUGAAACUUGGACGAUCAGCCUUGAUCCCAAAUUCCCUCUGGCGACAAACUAAAUUCAGCUGCAUUUGUGCCAGUGUUCUUCUGAUAUGGGGUGCAUUCAACUCGUUUGAACAAUUCAUGUCAUUGUGGUUUCAGUUGGUAGAGCAAGUCUCGCUUCUUGACACAUCGCUUCGAUUCCUACCUCAGCCCGUCGCCGGCGCCGCAAUAGGAUUCUCCAUUGGCUUCCUGGUGCAUCGAGUUAGAGCAAACUACAUUAUUCUUAUAUCGACCGUGGUCAGCACAGUGGCGCCAUUGCUUAUGGCACUUGCUAGCCCCCAACAAAGCUACUGGUCCGCGGCAUUUCCGGCUCUCACCCUCAACGCAAUUGGUGCAGAUUGUCUGUAUACAGUCUCCAACCUGAUAAUCUCGUCACUGUUCGAGCCGAAUAUGCAGGGAACAGCAGGCGGUGUUUUCAACACUGUUGCACAGAUAGGAAAAACUCUUGGUCUCGCCGUGGGAACCUUGAUCGCUGGUGCGGUCUCUGCACGAGCGUCCGAGGAUAUCGAGCAGUCGCAAAGGUUAGUAUAUGGAUACCAGGCAGCAUUCUGGUUCUGCAUGGCACUUUGUGGCCUUUCGGUUGGAAUAUGCAGCUGGGGCCUCCGAUCUGUUGGAAAGGUCGGACUUAAGAAAGAUUGA